AUGGAAUAUAUUGCUGAAACCAUUGCUCUAGGAGUAGAUUCUCUUAUCCUAGCAACAUGCAUAAAACAAUACUACAAAAAUAAAAAUGCUAUGGCUAUGAUACAAGGGGCACCCUAUCUUGAAAUCAACAAAGAUUUAAAAGAGAUUGUGGGAACACAUCCUGAAACCAAGCUGUCCUAUGUUUCAAUAAGGGGAACAGUUAAGGCACUAGGAAACCCCAUAAUCAGUAAUAGUAAUCCAAAUGUAACAGGUGUGAUUCAAUUGUUAAGGAUAAAAGAACAUGUUAUACAAAGAAGUUCAACUGGAUUCUGGGCUGAUUCUGAAAGGGUUAUACAAGAAGUUCAUAAUGUCAUGCCUUUUUCUCUGGAAACCAAAGGCAUUCGUAUUGAAGUUUGUGAUCCUCUAGCUGCUGAUGUAUUAGACAUGGAUGUGAUAACAGACCAGUUUCACCCAACAGUACCUAGUGUUAUAGAUCACAUAUGGAGCUUCUUUGCAGGUGUACGCCAGAGAGGUGUACAGUCUACAGAAAAAAUGCUAAGAACUGGUACAACAAUAACAGGUAUAGGAGAAUUAGUGGCAGGUAAAGAUGGAGUCAUCAAAUUACAACCACCUUCAAAUGGUGCCCCUUUCUAUCUGACAAAUAUGCAAGUGACUUCUCUGAUUAAGAAACUUGAUGGCUCUAAAAAGAAUUACAAAUUAUUGUGCAUAGUUUUUGGCACAAUAGGCAUCAUUUUGGCUGGGUUUAUCAUUAGAAAAUAUUUGAGAAUCAAAAGGAAAAAGAAGGAAACAGAAAUUCAGAAAUCUUUGUUAGAGGCAUCCAGGAGGGAGAGGAGAAGGAUAAUGAGAGAGGGUGAUUUGACAGAAAAUCAGCUAUGUGUAGUAUGCAAAACAAAUCCUAAAGAGAUAAUUUUAUUGCCCUGUGGCCAUGUCUGCCUAUGUGAAGACUGUUCCAUAGAUAUAUCUGAGAAGUGCCCUGUAUGUAGAACAUCAAUAAACACAAAAAAUGUGGCAUAUGUGAUAUAG